ACACACUGGUGAACCGCCUUGGGUGUGGUUUACUCACUGACCAAAAGAGAAAUCUCUGUUUAGUUUAGUUUAGUCUUGCAGUUGAAGCGAGUAUUUUUUCUUUUCUUCUACUAAACACGGGCUACAGCUCACAGACAUGAAGGGUGGACUGCAGUGCAUCAAAUACCUGGUGUUUUUCUUCAACUUUCUCUUCUGGUUGGCAGGUACUGGAGUCCUGGCAGUGGGACUUUGGCUACGGUUUGACACCAGGACAGCAGGACUGUUUGAAGGAGAGGACGCACCCACUGUCUUCUUUACUGGUGUGUACAUCCUGAUCGCAGCAGGUGCCCUAAUGAUGGUCGUGGGUUUCUUGGGCUGCUGUGGAGCCAUCAAAGAGUCACCAUGCAUGUUAGGAUUGUUCUUCAUCUUCCUGCUCCUCAUCUUUGCUGUGGAGGUGGCUGCUGGGACCUGGGGUCUGUCCAACAAAGACAGGGUGGUGGAGGAUGUGACUGAGUUCUACAAACAGACCUACUCCAACUACAGACAGACCAAACAGGAAGCUCUGAAGGAGACGCUUCGCCUUAUUCACUUUGGACUGAACUGCUGCGGCCCGACAGGAACUGUGAUCGACGCAGCCAAAGACACCUGUCCUGAUAGUGCACUAAUCACUACAAGCUGUCCAGCAGCCAUCGAUGAGGUGUUCAACAACAGGCUGCACAUUAUUGGUGGAGUCGGCAUCGGAAUUGGAAUCAUUAUGAUCUUUGGGAUGAUCUUCAGCAUGAUGCUGUGCUGUGCCAUCAAAAGGUCCAGGGACUUUAUGUGAAACCACAACAAAACUCGAAAAAGAUUUUCCUACUUACGUCCUCUGCACUGAUAUAGUUUGAUUUAAUGUUGUUUGUAUCCACACGGAAUGACCGCUUCCUCCUGUGAGAGUGUGGAUCUUUAUUUUUUUGUAAGAACUUAACGUUUGUACCAAAGUUAACUCGGUUCACAGGUUUUCCUCUCAAUCCAGGGGGAGUUAGUAGUUUACACUCUGAACCCCCCUCGCCUCCGCCCUCUGGAGGAACUGGAGUUUCACUAGUGUUUUAACUUGCUGACAACUGUGACUCAAGUUCACGUCAGUUGUAAACCUUCGUCCAGCUCUAACCCAAACAGGCUAUUUCUUUUGAAGCUAACACAAUUUUAGUCUUGUUGAGGUCUUUGAGUUGUUUAAUUUUAUUAAAAGCAAGAGUUUUAUGCAAAUAUUAAUAAGUGCUGUUUAAAUAUUUCUGUGAAAAUGACAAAUAAAUUUCUAACGUGUUCAAA